AGAAAAGUCAAAACGAAACAAAUUCAUCUUCCUCACUAGAACAACUCACCGAAAUUCGACAUGUCGGCCACGACCGCAGCCUCAAGCGCUGCGGUGCAAUCGCCGCAGAAAAUAUCCGUGCUCUUCGUCUGCUUGGGUAACAUUUGUCGAUCUACCAUGGCGGAAGGCGUCUUCCGUUCCAUCGUGAAAGACAAGUCCUCCCCUUACUACAACCUCAUUGACAAGGUAGACUCUUGUGGGACAGCUGGUUAUCAUUCCGGUGACGAACCCGACGAUCGAACUAUGUCUACACUCGAGGGGCACGGCAUCAUGGACUACACGCAUUCAGCACGCAGGCUCCGCGACAGCGACUUUAGGGACUUCGACUAUAUCUUCGCAAUGGAUGAUGCCAACCUAAGAGACAUCGAGAGACGUAGGGACGGAAGUAAGAAUUCGACCUCGUCUACGGCGCGAAUCAUGCUCUUCGGAGAGUUUUCGGGUACAAAUCGCAAAGAGGUGGUACAGGAUCCGUAUUACGUUGGCCGUAAUGCUUUUGAAAAAGCAUUCGAACAAUGCAAGCGAUUUUCGACCAAUUUCCUACAACAAAGAUUUCCGGAGAUUACAACAACGACGGCGUAAAUUAUGAUGAUACCCAAUAUUACUCGAAUAGACUAUAGAUCGGUUGAUAGAGGCUACUUAUGAACAUGAAUUCUAGUUUCAAAA